GUUUUGAUAAACUGCCACAUGCACUAUAGACUAGCACACUGCGUGUUCGUCGUCGUGUUUGUGCGCUUGUUGCAAGACUCAAUCUUAUAGAAUGGAGGCGUUUGAAUUCAUCGUCUUUAAUGUCUUUUCCUUAAUCUUUUUGACAGCGUGUGAGCCUAUCAUUGGAAAUGUUCCACUCUAUGCAACCAAAACAGGCUAUGAUAUCUCAAUAGAAACUACAGGCAGAGUGAACAACGUGGAGAAAAAUUGGUUGGAGUUGGCGAGAUCUACCGGUGCCAGCGUUCCAGAAGGCCUGGAAAAUUGCACACCGCACGGCGUGUAUGCUGUCUACCGACACGGUACACGCUACCCGAGUGACGGUGACAUCGAAGACGUCCACAACAUCAUUGAUCGGCUGCGAAGCACAGACGUCAAUCCUGAAUUCCAGUUCCUCCGAGAUGCUGUCAAAAUCCCUUUGUCCAAUGCAUCGCAGCUUGCCGAAACUGGUUAUAGAGAAAUGAGGGAACUAGCAGCGAGAAUGGCCAAUCGUUUUCCCGUGCUUUUCCCGGACAGUGAUGUUGACCUUUCCCGCUACUCGUUCCAAAGCACGGGGAAAACACGCACCAUCGACAGCGCGCGUGGUUACAUCCAAGGCGUGGUCGGGGAACAACAAAUCUGCAAAACAAACUACUCUGAGAGAUCCUUUACUGUCAAUUGUACAGAAAAUGAUGGAACACAGACUCCAACCUCGACAACUGUGCCGCAUAAUCCUAUUGACGAUGACCUCCUGUUGAGGUUUUAUGAUGUCUUUGAGGAUUGCACGGAGGCAAUAAAUGGAGGCAGGACUGAUAGGGAGCAAGAUGAGUUCCGAGAUGGGCCAGACGUCGGGGAAGUUUGGCAGAGGGUUGCUGAGAGGUUAGCUGGACCGGGACGUGGCACUUGGAAUAUCUCAAGAGAGGAAGUGAUUUUGCUCACUGAAAUCUGUGGUUACGACCUUACCCUGAAUAACGACAAUGAAACCUGGUGUAAGCUAUUUGAAACUCAAGACCUCUACGCCCCAGAAUACCACUCCGACUUAAAGAAUUACUGGAACAAAGCCUAUGGGUUUAACAUCAACUACAGAAUCAGCUGUACACUUGCCAACGAUGCUCUCAAAUAUCUACAGGAUAGAGUAGAUAAUCCGACGCAAUCUCCUCUAGGUAACUUCAAAUUUGCCCAUACAGACACCAUCGUUCCUCUACUAGCCUUCCUGGAUCUAUUUGAUGACCCCCUUCCACUCCUAGCAUCAAACUUCCUGGAGAACAUCAACAGGACCUUCCGAGCAGCCCACAUGUCGCCGUUUGCUGCCAACGUGGCGUUUGCCUUAUACGGCUGCACCACUGACUCUGCUGUGACAUACCGUGUGCAGAUGCUCCUCAACGAAAGCCCUGUUCAGUUAGAGUUUUGCGAGGGCCAGUUCUGCACCUUGGAUGAAUUUCAGACGGGAAUUGAGGCUAGGAUUGGGACUUGUGACUUCACAGAAGAAUGCGCUGAAGCACUACAAGAUAGGACAACUCCAAACCCAGGGGGCAGUGGGGCUGACAUCAACUACUCGGUCUGUUUGCAAUUCCUCCUGGCAUAUGUCAUGUUAGUUGCAUUGUCUUUCACUGGGGCUAAUUAGGUAAACAAAAUGUGGAUGUUGACAAGAUUUUGUGUACAUAAAGAAAUAGGUCACAACAUUGACAAAGCUUCGGGGCAAGAAAACAGUUAAGGCUCGUGCAUGCUUCUUUCCUAGUAUAUUAUUAUGUUACACACUUAUAAAUGAAUUAAAAUUUUAUAAUCCUUAUAAUUAUGCAUGUUAUGCUAAAAAUGUUUAUACAAUGUAUAUUUUUUUCUCAAGAGCACUUAAAGACAUAUUUCACCUCAUUUUUUCCCCACUAUUGAGCAACUCCAAGACAUUUAAAAAAAAAAGAUAUAUAUAUGCAGGUUAUAUUUUAUGAAAAGAAAAUCAUCAGUUUGAUGAAUUUUUUAAAAAUAUUUUUUGUGUGUUUAACGUGAUGUGGUUUUUAAUUAAAAAACCAAUAUGUAUCUGUGGAUAAUCUUGCAAGGCAAGUGCAUAUAAUAUUGCCAGCAACUUUGCCAAGGAUAAGAACAUGAACAUGUACUUGAAAAUAACUACAUGUAGUUUUGUACUGUGGGAUUACUUGUACAAUUUCUGCAUACAUCAACCAAAUUCUCGUUAGACUCUUUUAUGAAAGGGCUAUUAAAAUAUUUAAGGAUAGUAUGAAUCAAAAUGAGCGGAAACAAUUUAAAUGCUGGGGAAAAAGAGAGGGCCAUUAAAAUAUUUUAGGACAGUAUGGAUCAAAAUGAACGGAAACAAUUUAAAUGCUGAGAAAAAAAAGAGAAACAGUUUCAAAUUUUCAGGGGAAAUUAAAUGCUACGGUUAUUUUUGAUAAAAAUAUACAUGUAUGUUGUUUUUCUUCAGUUUCUUUUGAUUAUGUGUAUUGUUUAUUGCCAAAUAAUGUUAAGACAAUGAUGCAUGAAUUUGCUUAUACUUUAUUAAUGUUGCAAUGCAAUAAAUUCAAAGUGUGCUUGAAAA